UAACCCAUAAGGAAAUACCAAAGUUGAGUUUCGAAAACUGCAGCUUUUGGAAUCAAAGAAGAAAAAAAACAAAAUGGCGAGCGUGCCUUCAUCUUCUCCAACUCGACGCACGCCUCUGUCUGCCUCCGAUUCCGGCAACUCCACCUCUCACUCCCCUAAGAAACAGGUGGAAGCUGCUACAAACAAUGGGGUUUUCCAUGGCGAUGACAUAAAACCUGAUUUUGCUGAUGGUCUUGAUCACCUGGACAGCACACAGUGCAUUGAGAGGUUUAGAAAAUAUGAUGCUGAAUACACUCGACGUUUGAUGGCAAAAUAUUUCUCUGCAAAAACUGUUUAUGGAGGCAACAUAUUUGAUGAGCAAAUAACACUAUGUGAUGAAAUUAUAAAGUCAAGUAGGUUGCCAUGUUUCAGGUCAUAUGCAGAUCCUGUAGUAGGUUUAGAAGAACAAUGCAGCAAUGGAUCAACUCCACCAACAGACACACAAGGUAACAUCCCCAAUGGGAAACAUAUGGUGAAGAAGAACAAUUGAAGUAAUUUGUAUGGAGAAGCAUCAAUGCACAUGCCGUUGUAUAAAAAUUAGACUAAAUACCCUCUUCGGUCCUCUGCAAAUUUCACGAUACCCGCUUUAGUCCCUAGCAAAUAAAAAGGCUAUUCGUAGUCUCUAAGAAAUUCAAAAUGGACCCAUUUUAGUCCUUUUGAGGACUAAUGUGAGUCUUUUUUGAAUUUGUGAGGGACCACGAUUUCAACUAAAUAGGUCCAUUUUGAAUUUCUUAGGGACCACGAAUAGCCUUUUUAUUUGCUAGGGACUAAAGCGGGUAUCGUGAAAUUUGCUGAGGACCAAAAAAGGUAUUUACUCUAAAAAUUAAUUCAAAUAUAAGCAUUAUUACUGGGGAUUCUGGAACUUAAAAUUCUGAAAAGAUGGUUAUGGCCUCAAAACGAUCAAUUUCCCAGCCUAAAAAGGAUUUCCUGGUUGUGGUUUUUGUGGAGUUAUAAUUAUGUGCUAAGGGCUGCUAUUCAUAGGAUUCAGUAUUCUGAUCACAAAGUAAAUAAGUAAAU